AAGAUAACGAUGAUUUCGUUUACGUGCAAGGUGAGAAAGUGUUGGAUUACGUCCCGGUGAGCAAGAAGCACGACUACGAAGAGGAUGACACCGACAGUUUUAAGGAUAAGCUGAACAAAUUCAUGGUGCAAGUGCAGAAGAAACCAGACGAGCUUCAUUUCAGCAACGACGGUCUGAUACCUGCUGAAGAUAAUGUUGAUAUCGAGAGCGAGUACGGAGAGAUCGUUAGGAAGCCGGCGCCGGCGAAGAAGCGCAGGAAGAAACGUCCUCAUCAAGUGAAGCCGAACCUUCCGCAACUGAAUUCGACCAAUCGGAAUCGCGUCACCAACAUGAUGAGGAAGUACCUGGUGAGGAUGCACAAGAAGAAAGGGAGGAAAGUCAACAAAGAUCGCACCUUCAACGCAGUUCCGUUUAAUAAAAAGACCGAAUACAACGUGGCUUAUCAACUACCCGAUACGCAAGGUAAAUUCCUGUCGCAUCCUCUGGAACAUCUCAAGAACAAGACGAAACUCUUCGCCAACAAAUUCCUCAGUCUGUUCACGAUCAUACAAUUCGCCAACUCCAAGUGUCAGGCCUCGAACUCGCUAACGGAGUAUGAAGGUACCUGUUACUUGGCAACGGAAUGCGAACAGAUGAACGGGAUUGCCAUGGGGAAUUGCGCGGACGGUCACGGCGUCUGUUGCGUCUUUAAAGGAAGUUGCGGCGGGGUCGGCUCAAACAAUUGCACGUACUUCGAGAGUCCCGGUUAUCCCAAUUACUUCCCGGAGAACGGAGGUGUAGUCGUUCCUCCGGAGACGACGACCACGAAUCCGAACACACCGGAUCCGAGGUUAACGUUUUUGGUGAGGCAGGGACGUGCGGACGAUGAUCUCGCUAACGCUCUGUCGUGCAUCUACAAAGUGUACAAAUCGAGUGACAAUAUCAAACAGAUGCGCAUCGAUUUCAUAGAUCUAGAGUUGAAAGGUCCGACGAACGGCGUCUGCGUCGAUGAGAAACUGGUAAUUUCCGGUUCCGGUCUGAACACGAUGGUGCCCAUUCUGUGCGGAUACAACACCGGACAACACAUUUACGUGGAUGUCGAGAGUCUGUCGGGGCCAUUGCAGAUAGCGGUUUUGGCGAACAACAUCGAACGGAAGAGAUACAAAAUGAAGAUAUGUCAGUACGAUGACAGUUGCAGCGGAUUGAUGAGUUGCCUUCAGUAUUACACGGGCAUAAGCGGCGUCAUCAGCAGCUUCAAUUACGAGAAAGCUGCGACGUUCAGCAGAAGCGAUCCUCAAUAUCUGAACAAUCUCAAUUACGCGAUUUGCAUCAAGAGAGAACCGGGCUACUGUACGGUAACUUAUCGUACCACCGGCAACAACGUGCAGUAUCCGUUCGAGCUGAAGAACUUCGACGAAGAUGGAAUGCCCACAGUGCCGAACGGUCAAGCCGGCGUUGGAGUUAUCAACUGUCCCGACGAUUACAUCGUUGUAAACGGAAUCCGAUUGUGCGGAGAUCGACUGAACGACGGUUCGGUCGAAGAGGAUUUCUCACUGAAUGCUCCAGUCACUGAUAUGAGUAAUGGGCCUAUCGUGAUUCCGGUGAAGACGAGCGGUUCGGGAACUGGAAGAGGCUUCAAGCUGUUCUACAUGCAGAACAAAUGCGGAAACGGAAACGGAAUGGGGGGAGGAAACGUGCCGGAUCCGAGAACCUGACUGAUCCACGCGUUAAAUUUAACCGGGCACUAUUUAUUGUUAAAAAAAGAGCACCUAAUUUAUUUGUUAUUUAUUAAACGUCCUUCUCGUUAAUCCAAUACGAUAGUAGUUUUUCUUUCUUUCCUUCCU